AUGUCAGUAUCGGAUCCAUGCCAGGAUGAUUCGUUGAAUGAUUGCGAUCCGAUAGCAGAAUGUUACAGCGAACAACCGGGCUAUUUUCAAUGCCGAUGUCCUAAUGGUUUUGCUGAUAUUUCGACCGAUUCACGCUUUCCCGGGAGAAAAUGCAAAAAAAUAAUCGAUGAAUGUGUUCUUGGUACCCAUGAAUGUGAUGAGAAUGCAAAAUGUGAAGAUACAUUGGAUGGUUACAAUUGUCAGUGUAAGCCAGGUUGGACCGAUGAUAGUCUGGAUCGUCACCGUGCGCCUGGGCGUAAAUGCAAGAAAGCCAACAUAUGUGCCAAUAUUCAAUGUGCCAAAGAAGCUGAAUGUCGUGAAACGGAAUUUGGACCGGUUUGUGAAUGUUUUUCAGGUUACAUUGAUAUUUCUCGACAACAUGGCAUGGCUGCAGGACAUGUUUGUCGAAAAGUAAUAAACGAAUGUGCAACUGGCAAACAUGAUUGCUCAUCUUCUGCAUCCUGUAUUGAUACAGCUGAUUUAUUUACCUGUCGUUGUCGUGAUGGAUUUCGUGAUGAAAGUCCAGAUUCUGUUAAUCGUCCUGGACGAGUAUGCGUCAGAGCACUUAUUCCGGAACCACCGGAAUGUGAUGUCAAUGAUCCGAUGAGUUGUGAUGCGAAGAAAAAAGAAGUGUGCCUAUUUGUUAAUGGUACAUACAAAUGCCAAUGUCCAACCGGAUAUGAUCGUUUACCAGAUGGUCGAUGUUUAGUAAUUAAUGAAUGUGAUGAUCAACGCCUCAAUGAUUGCGCUUCAAAUGCUAAUUGCAUUGAUCAGGCUGAUGGUUAUAUCUGUCAAUGCAAAAGUGGUUUUGCGGAUAUAUCACCACCAGAUACACCUGGGCGCAUUUGUCGUACUAGAGUAAAUGAAUGCGCUGAACCACAAAAAUAUCAUGUCGACUGUGACCCUAAUGCUACAUGCAUUGACACAGAUGAAGAGUAUACAUGCAGUUGUCGUUCCGGUUUUGCCGAUAUAUCGAGUUCAUUUGAACGAUUACCUGGUCGUCGAUGCGUUGAAGCGAUAAAUGAAUGCUUGGAUUCAUCAUUGAAUGAUUGUUCAGAGAAUGCUAUUUGUGAAGAUGCUAAAGAAGGAUAUAUUUGUACAUGUCUACAAGGUUUUGUCGAUGCAUCGCACAAUAUCACGCACUAUCCAGGCCGAGUAUGUCGUAAGCCUAAGCAAGAGAAUCUUAAUGAUGAUAGCGCAUCAAAAGGCUCUUUAAUCACUUGCAAUCCUGAUAAACCAAAAUGUGGCACUAAUGAAGCAUGUACUGAUCGUAAAGCACGUGGGAAAUUUGUUUGUGAUUGCGCUGAGAAUGCUUUCAGAUUUACAGAUAAUACAUGCCGAUUCUAUGCUGCUUGUGUUGGUGUAAAUGAUUGCGAUAAGAAUGCAGUUUGUGCUAAUGCUUUUGAUUCUUAUAUAUGUCAAUGUCGUCCUGGAUUUAUUGAUAUUUCACCGGAUCCGGAAGGAAAGCCAGGCAGAAUUUGCAAAGAAUUGAUUAAUGAAUGCGCUACGGGAAUUCACAACUGUUCAUCCUAUGCAACAUGUAUUGAUGCAACUGAUGGUUACAUCUGUGCUUGUAAUGAUGGUUUUGUUGAUACAUCAUCACAAUUUCAAUUAGCACCUGGACGUCGUUGCAGUAAUGCCAGUAAUGAAUGUCUUGAUCGAACUUUGAAUACCUGUGAUGAAAAUGCGGAUUGUAUUGAUACACCGGAUUCCUAUACUUGUCAAUGCUAUGCAGGAUUUGUUGAUGUUUCAUCUAGUGCUAACUUACAACCUGGUCGAGUAUGUACGGUACAAACCACUUGUCCAAAGCAGAAAACUGAUCUCAUGUUUCUAAUUGAUGGUUCCGGAUCAAUUGGUUCCUAUGUUUUCAAAAAUGAAGUACUACGAUUUAUUAAAGAGUUUGUGGAACUAUUUGAUGUUGGCUUGGAUAAUACACGUGUUGGUUUGAUACAAUAUUCUGAUCAAAUUAGGCAUGAGUUUGAUUUAAACCAAUAUACUGAUAAGGAAUCGGUUAUUAGUGCCAUAUCACAAGUUCAAUAUUUAACGGGUCUUACAAGGACUGGUUCCGCUAUUCAACAUAUGGUAAUGGAAGGUUUCUCAGAACGACGUGGUGCUCGUAAACGAGGUGAAGAUGUCGCACGUGUGAGCAUCGUUAUUACUGAUGGUCGUAGUCAGGAUAAUGUUACAGAACCUGCUAUAAAUGCUCGCAAUUCGCAUAUUAAUAUGUUUUCGGUUGGUGUGACGGAUCACGUUCUGGGAUCGGAAUUAGAAGCAAUAGCAGGCUCACCAUCGCGGUGGUUCCACGUUGAUAAAUUCAGGGAUUUGGAUACUCGACUACGAUCUCUAAUCCAGAAAGCAGCUUGCCCGUCGCCAGAACCGAAGCCGCGUCCACCUGGUGGAUGUAAUCCGGCAGCACAAACUGGUUGCGACCGUGCACUAAAUGAAGCUAAUGGUUCUGCGCAAUGUGUUUGCCCAAAAGGAUUUCAACGGCAUCCAAGCACUCGUCGUUGUGGAGGUAAUCAGUGUAAUCCGGAUUUGCCCACAUCAUGUCCACAUCCAGAAAUAUGCACGGUUGCGCAAUUUUCAAAUCAUCUUUGCGUUUGUCCAAAAGGCUACUUACGUGAUCAGCGAACUGGAAUUUGCUUAGCCAGUACUGAUGAAGCAAAACAACAAAGGGAGCCAACCACAUUAUUGUCACAUGACGCUGAUUGCCGCAAUGGCGGUGUACGAUGUGGCACGAAUGAAGAAUGCGUACGUGGUACAGCUCAUAACUUUCACUGUGAAUGCACCCUUGGAUAUGAACGUAAUUUGCAUACUGGUGAAUGUUCUGUACCAGGAUCUUGUGAUCCAGCAUCGCCGAAUCCUUGCGAUAUUCGUAAACGUGAAAAAUGCAUGCCGCAUUCCAGCGGACGCUAUCAUUUGUGCCAAUGUGCUGAGGGCGAAAACCGUCAUCACGUUACCGGGAUUUGUUUACAAAAUGAAUGCGCUUCGGGUGCUAAUGACUGCGACAAAAAUGCUCGCUGCAUUGAUACGGAUGAUGGAUACUUAUGUGCCUGCCGGAACGGUUUCUUAGAUCAAAGUUCAGAUCUAGUUAAUAAACCAGGACGUAUUUGUGUAGCUGAAAGGAAUGAAUGCAAAGAUGGUACACAUAAGUGCUCACCAAAUGCUAUUUGUACGGAUACGGUACAGGGAUAUAUCUGCCGUUGUAAGCCAGGAUUUAUUGAUUUCUCACCAAAUCCCCAAAGUUUCGGUGGUACCGUUUGUAAGGAAGUUGUAAAUGAAUGCCAGAAUCCUUCUCUCAAUACUUGUGAUAAGAAUGCGAUCUGCAUUGAUACAGCUGAUUCCUAUAAAUGUAUUUGCAAAACAGGAUAUACAGAUUUGGAUGAACUUCGAAAUCCAGGAAAAAAUUGUCAGAAAGAAAGGCAUAAUGAUCGCUGUAGACAAGGUAAUAAUGACUGUGAUCGAAAUGCGCGAUGCAUUGAGCGUAAUGGUAACGAUUAUGUUUGCGCUUGUACAUCAGGUUAUCGUGAUAAAAGUCCAGAUCCAAACCGGCCGGGACGAGUGUGUAUUCCCUUAAUUCCGGAAUGUGAUAAUCCGACAUUGAACGACUGUGAUUCGCCAGAUCGUGCUAUCUGUACUGAUACUGAUGAAGGCUACUUAUGUCGUUGUCGACAGGGUUUCCUGGAUAUUUCACCAAAUAUUACUUCCAAACCUGGGCGUCUUUGCAAACCAUUAGAAAACGAAUGCGCCAAGAAAGUUGACGAUUGCGCUCGAGAUGGUGGAAUCUGUGAGGAUACGCCAGACUCUUAUACGUGUCGUUGCGCAAUUAACUAUUUGGAUGUAUCAUUCGAUCGUCAAAACCGUCCAGGUCGAAAAUGCAAACGACUUAUCGAUGAAUGCCAAACCGGACAGAAUGAUUGUUCCGUUGAAGCAAUAUGUACGGAUACAGAAGAUUCCUAUGAAUGUGCUUGUCCAACCGGUUACAUUGAUGUAUCACCGGAUAUUGCCCGAAAGCCCGGAAGACGUUGCUUAUUGAGAAUAAAUGAAUGUAAAGAAAAUCGUCAUGAUUGUUCACCGAAUGCAGACUGCAUAGAUACAGCCGAGUCAUUUAUGUGCAAAUGUCGGGAUGACUUUGUCGAUGAAUCACCGGAUAUCACGAACCGUCCGGGACGAUUAUGUCGACCUGAAUUGAUUGACGAAUGCCGACUUGGAAAGCAUGACUGUCAUGAGCAUGCUGUGUGUCAAGACUUACCACAAGGUUAUACCUGUCAUUGCAAGACUGAAUUUAUUGAUCAAAGUCCGAAUCGUGUUGCAUCACCUGGACGUUUGUGCACUCCAAGACCAACUCCACCACCGGCAGAAUGUCGUAUCGAUGCAGGCGCAUCGUCUUGCAAACAAGAACUGAAUGAAGUUUGCCGUUUAAUUAAUGGUCAACCGAAGUGUGCUUGUCCAAUAAACUAUAGUCGAGAUGAAGGGACGAAAUCGUGUACAGUUAUCAAUGAAUGUGACUUCCCUCAAUUAAAUGACUGUCAUCCAAAUGCUGAUUGUAUCGAUGAGCCUACCUCAUUUACAUGUCAUUGCAAAGAAGGCUUCAAAGAUAUAUCCACCAAUAAUAAACCAGGACGUAUCUGUCAACCAUAUAUUAAUGAAUGUAAAUUGCCACAUCUAAAUGAUUGUCAUCAAAAUGCGAUAUGUAUUGAUAAGAAAGAUGGUUAUGAAUGUAAAUGCAAUCAUGGUUAUAUGGAUCGGAAACCGGAACGUCCCGGAAGAUUGUGCAAGAAAAUGAUUGAUGAAUGCGCAAAGGCAGAACUUAAUAGUUGUGAUAAGAACGCAAAUUGUAUCGAUGAAGAAGAUGGCUAUCGUUGCGAAUGUAAAGAUGGCUUUCUGGAUGUGUCACCCUCACCAACACUUCGUGGUCGUGCAUGUCGUGCACUCAUCAAUGAAUGCUCCGAUCCUAAAUUAAAUGACUGUGAUAAGACAGCAAAAUGCACUGAUACCACAGAUUCUUAUCAGUGUGAAUGUCCAGCAGAUUCGAAGGAUAUCUCACCAAAUCCAGCAUUUCCGGGUCGUGUAUGUCUUGUUUUUGAAAAUGAAUGCUUAACCGGUAAGCACGAUUGUGAUCCAAAUGCAAUUUGCCGUGAUAAUGAACAAUCAUUUACAUGCGAAUGUGCGCAUGGAUUCACUGAUCGAUCACCAAAUCGUCUCAGUCGACCGGGUCGUGUAUGUGUGGAGCUUAUCGAUGAAUGCGCAAGUAAAAGACAUACAUGUAGCGCUCAAGCGGAAUGUCGUGAUUUAGAAGAGGGUUAUACAUGUGAAUGUAAAGAUGGAUUUAUUGAUCGAUCACCCAAUUUGCUUACACAACCAGGACGAGUAUGCGGUACGCCAGAAGUGUGUCCAUCAAACCAUGAAUGCAGUUCAGCGGCUACAUGUGAACCUCUUGGUGGUAAUAAAUAUGAAUGUACCUGUAUACAAGGUUACCUGGACCAAUCGCCAUCCGGAGAAAAAGGACGAAUUUGUGUUCGAAAUAGCGCAUGUCGAGACCCACGUUUGAAUAAUUGUUCACGUAAUGCUAUUUGUUACGAUGAAGCAAAAGGAUAUCGUUGCGAAUGCGCACAUGGUUAUGUUGAUCGUUCACCUGAUGGAACACAAAUGGGAUAUGUUUGUGAACCACCUGCACCUGUUACACCAUCACCAAAGCACCCAUGUCAAGAUCCACUUCUUAAUGAUUGUCAUCCAGCUGGAACAUGUCGUGCAACCGGAAAAGAGACAUAUACUUGUGAAUGCUUACAAGGUUACGUAGAUCGUUCACCGGAUACUCGAAAUAAGCCAGGCCGUGUUUGCAUUCUUACAGAACCGAUUUGUUUGGACUCAAGUCAGAAUGAUUGCCAUCCGGCUGCUAUUUGUAGUGAAAUACAAAAUGAUGAAAAGUAUACAUGUCGUUGCCGGGAUGGUUACAUUGAUCAAUCACCGGAUAAGACUAAACGACCGGGACGAAUUUGUGUUGAACAAAUGAAUGAAUGUUUGGAUCGUUCAUUAAAUGAUUGUGAUGUGUUGGCUAUUUGUCAAGACUUACCAGAUGGCUAUACAUGUCGUUGUCCACUAAAUUCUGUCGAUCAGUCACCAAAUCCGAAUAGGCCUGGACGUAAAUGUUUCCAGCAAGUAAAUGAAUGCCGAAAUCCAUCACUAAAUAACUGUUCACGUUUCGCAGAUUGUACCGAUAAAAAUGAAGGUUAUGAGUGUCAUUGCCGUGAUGGAUAUCAUGAUGGUAAUCCAGAACACCCCGGUACUACAUGUAUUUACAUUAUCAAUGAAUGUGAAUCAGCAAACUUGAAUGAUUGUGAUCGGCACGCGGAAUGUAUCGAUCUACAAGGUGGUUAUGAAUGUCGUUGUAAGGAACCGUAUCGUGACGAGUCACCAGCGGGACAACCCGGACGAAUAUGCCGGUUUAAUGAAUGUUCGAUCGCGACUGAUAACACAUGUGAUAAGAAAUUUGCAGUUUGUGAAGAUUUGGAUGAUGGAUAUACGUGUCAUUGUAAAGCGGGAUAUUAUGAUAAUUCACCAAAUACACAGGAACCGGGCAGAGUUUGCAUUGAAUUUCAAAAAGAGAAGAUUACGACAGUUUUGCCACGAGAUUCGCCACGUAUUGACGGAAUAUUAUGUGGUCGCAACAAUUAUUGCGCAGUCAAACGUAAUGAAGUAUGUGUUGGCGGUGUUAGAUGUAUGUGUCGUCCAGGUGAGGCACGCUCAACAACAAAAGAUCGUUGUGAACCAGUCGAUCGUAUACCACUCUCAAUUCGUGUCCUUAAUAAAGAUGCCACAACAUUAUUAUAUAGUUCGGAAUAUGGUAGCAGUGAUAGCGCACCGUAUGUUGAGAUAACGCAUUUAUUUACAAAAGAUAUUGGACGUACGAUGAGUAGUACCACGUAUGGAACACGUUACGUUACCACAGAUGUGAAUUAUAUUACUCAUCCCAAAACUGUUAAUAGCUCUUGGCCAGAUGGUUUACUAUUUAACUUUUCGGUGGCACUUCUUCCAACCGGAACACCAACUGAUGUUUGCAAUUUAUGGGAUCAAUUAGCGAAAUCAAUUCAACGAACUAAUGGUGCUAUUGGUGGUGGACCACUUCGAGUAGCACCGGAUUAUGAUCAGUUAAAUCCAUGCCGACCAAAACUACCACGUGGUGAAGAAUGUGGUGCUGCAAUUUGCAAUAGUGAACUUGGAGAGGUGUGCAUCGCGGGAUCUCUAUGCGGUUGUACACACGGUGAGAAGCGCUCAUCCUCAACUGAUAUUUGCAGACCGGUUGAAGCAUGGAAUAUUGUUUUAUGGAUAAUACGGAAGAAUGACGAAAAUUUGGUAUAUACAGAUAUCUUAGCAAAUCCACGACAUGCGGUCACUAAGGAAUUUGUCAGACGAUUUGAAAGUGGUAUCGGACAAUGCUAUCCAAAUACAGCAUUAGCUAGCUCUUUUGUUACAGCAGAGGUUAAUGAAAUAAUAGAUCCAAUGAGUAUUAAUGCAACAUGGGAUCGAGGUUUUAUAUUCAAUUCAACCGUCUAUUUCCGGAAAGGAUCAGUACGACUACCAUCAGAUGUCUAUCAUAUGCUUAUUCGAUAUAUUAUUGAUCAAAACAAUAAUCAAGUUGGCCAAAGUGGCUUAUACAUUAAUAGUUAUCAACCGGAUCCGUUUAAAGCAUGCUGGAAGAACAAUUGCCAUCCGAAGGGAAUUUGCAUUGAUCUCGGACCGAAUGCAUAUCGAUGUGAGUGUGGACAAGGAUAUCGCGAUCUGAAUCCAUCAGAUCCUGGAAGGCGAUGCUUACCCAAUAGUGGUUAUAAUGAAUGUGAACUAAAAGAAGAUAAUGAAUGCUCUGAAAAUGCUCGUUGUAUUGACCAGGAACACCUUUAUAAAUGUGAAUGUUUACCAUCAUUUACCGAUGCAUCACCUAAAGAUGCCAUUGCCGGAAGUGUUUGUGUUUUGGAUUAUUGCUCAGAUAUUAAUUUCUGCCCAAUGAAUACGACAUGCAUGAAUCAGGAACAACAAGCAGUAUGUCAAUGUGACCCAGGUUAUGUUGAUAUCCGGAAAAGUGAGAAAAGGACACAACUGUUUGAUCAGGAUACUUUAUGUUUAAAAAUGCGUGAUAUCGAUGAAUGCGCAUUAGGCAUUACCAAUUGUUCAGGUGUUGCGGAGUGUAUUGAUAAAGCGAUUGGUUAUGAAUGUCAUUGUCCGGAAGGUUAUGUUGAUGGGAAUCCGGAAGAACCAGGACGAGUUUGCGGUGCAUUACUUUGCGACCUGUGCAAUUCGCAUGGUGAUUGUGUCCACAAUGCUUUGACCAAUAACAUUACCUGUGUAUGUAGUAAUGGUUGGUCUGGUGAAUUUUGUGAUGUGGCACCAUCAAAAGCUUCAAUGAUACUACUUGUCGUCCUUGCAAUUCUUUUCCUUCUGCUCACACUUUGCUGUUUAUUAUAUUUCUGCACGAAAUGUAUCUGUUUCAAACGUCAUAAUUUAAUAUACCGUCGACCAUUUACGUAUCGCAAAGGUGCUUGGCCUUGGUCAACCCUGGAAGCUUCAACAUCAAGCGAAAGUGGUGCUGACUUUUCAGCAAUGAGUGCGGCAGGCCACGAAUAUUAUCCGGAAAUUGGUAUUCCACGUGCAAAACUAAAAUCCGGAAAUGGCAUGAUGGAUGAUCAGCAGCAUCAGUCAUUAGCUGUAUCAAGGCUUCACGAUUAUCUCGAUGAUGGUAUGCGUAUUCCACGUGUACAUCUUGAUCGUGAUAAUGAUGCAUAUGAUUCCACAUCACAAUCAUCAAGUGAAUAUACUAUACGUGAAGAAGUUAAAAGGCAUGUGAUCACUGAUGUUACAAGGAAGGAAACCACGAAGACGUUGACCACUGCUGAUGUUCAUGAUACGACAGCUGAAUUUCACGUAUAUCCGCCAAUUGAAGUUGCAACCGAAUCUCAUUCAUCGUGUCAGGUUGGAACACAUAAUUCUAGUUCAUUGUUAGGCAAAGAUGAACAGGAAAGAGGUGAAAGUAUAGCGGAAUUUAGCAUCGGUAAUGCACGACGUGAUUGGGGUACAGCGGCUGGUAGGAGCUGUGAAUUUAGCACGGAUCGUGAUUUGGAAUCAAUUAUUAGUGAUACAACAGCUGAAGAUGAAGUGUAUGAUAAGAAAACAUCGGUGAAACGGUCACAUAAUUUUGAGCCAACUAUUGGAGGUGGUACCGAGCGUUAUCGUACCGAAAUAACCACAACUAAAUCAACGAAAGGAAUUUCGAAAUACUGA